CGUCGCAUCAAACUAAUGGCAACUUUAGUAAUCGGUGGAACUGAUGAUGGUUAUGGAUCUGGAAAACCAGGACCACCAGGGCCUAGAGGCCCAAGAGGAGCUAAGAGAGAUAAAGGUGACACAGGAGCUGCGGGGGCUCAAGGAGAUACGGGUCCUAGAGGACCAAAGGGAGAGAAAGGUGAUACAGGAGCUACAGGGGCUCAAGGAGAUACGGGUCUUAAAGGACCAAAAGGAGAGAAAGGUGAUGAGGGUCCUAGAGAAGAUGACGGAACUGAUGGGACCAAUGAAAGCGAUGGUGCGCCCGGGGCCACAGGAGCUCAAGGGCCUAAAGGAGAUACUGGAGCCGCAGGGCCUCAGGGGCAACAAGGCAUUAGAGGUCCAACAGGUCCUAGAGGUCAUCAAGGGCCUAAAGGAGAUACUGGAGUCACGGGGCCUCAGGGGCCUAAAGGAGAUAAUGGAGCCACAGGGCCUCAAGGGCCUAAAGGAGAUACUAGAGCCACAGGGCCUAAAGGAGAUACUUGA